GCUGGUCUAUAAUCUGCACUGGCCAUAUCGUUUGAUGAAUAGCGGUGAGCGGUACUUGGCCAUAUCACUAUUUGGCCAGUCGUCUCCCAACAACGGAGGAGGAAUCCACUUUUUUACAUGUAAGUUCCUUAGGUUUAACGGGAUUUCAAAUGUGAUAACAUUGAUAAAACAAUUGGUCCUAAGUAAUAGCCAAUUCUCAUACCAUUACCACAUGUCUAUGUCAACCUAUCUAUAUUCAUUAGAUACUUUCUGUGUAUCAUUGUUUAAACAGUAAUAAACGACUACUCGAAGCUUUUUUGUUUCUGUUAACGUGUGUUGAAUAAGUAGGCCCAUCGACCUGAAACACGUGUGUGACAUUACCUUAGACAGUACUUCUCGGAAGUAGGGCAGACGCCCACAUCUCAUUAUCUCAGAAAUGGCAACUGUUGUCUCUAAUGGUUUUCGGUUUGCUGUCUAGCUUUCGGCAAAUAAUACACAUAUAUGUGUAUUUUUUCACAAUUCACAUGGAGCUAAUGUUUUUUUAUACGUAGGCAUGAUUCAUUCUAUGAUGUUGCCUCUGAUAAAGCUCAUUCAUACAAAAUAAAUGUUUUUUUUAAAUGUAAAUAACCAAAACCAAUUUUCUAAAUAUUAACAGCGUAGGUGAUAUUAAAAUUUAGAAAAUUGGUUUUUAGUGGAAAGUUAAUUGUACAAAUACACUCUAGAUGUCAUAAAAUAUGGUUCACAAGUACAAAAGUGGUAAUAGUCGUGAUGUUGGCUCAAGAAUUAUAGGGCGUGGUGACAUUCCCAGCGGUUAAAUAAGUUUAAAAUUAUAAGCAUUUGGACUAAUCGUAUAGUCAUUGCAUCAAAACUUUUUUCAGAAUUAGAAAUGAAAUAAACACGAGGCUGAUGAGGAUAGGUAUUGACUUUAGAUCAUUAUUAUAUUUUAAGUGAUAUUAGUAGGAAGUUUUCACAAAAAAUAUGUGUUACCUACGUUUGUCGCUAACACUGGCUACCGACCAAAAUGCUUUCACUGUCAAUGUUACAAAUUAAAUUUACACACCGAUACACUAAUACGCACGAUCUGUUUACAGAACUAAUAUUUCAGGCGCUCCCUUUACUCUGUUAACGGCCAGGUGGUAUGUCUAGCAUUCAGUUGCUUUGACGCCUUCCAACCGUGCGGUGUAAAAUAAAACCGAAUGUAAAUUUAUUUGGUUAUUUUAAGUAAUCUAAUUUAAAAGUUAAGUUAGUUAUGGUAUCAAAAGGCACGUUGUUUUGGUGUUGCCACGGGCUGGUGUGGGCGGCGGCCGUCCUGGCGCUGUGGGCGGGCGGCGCGCACGCGGCCGUGCGCUACGACACAGCUACGCCGCAUGCGCCGAUUUACAACAAAUACAAAUAUAUACCGCUACAUGGCGAUGAGUUGGAUUCUGAUGAGUCCACGCAGCCGUCGGAGGAGCAGGAGGAGUCGGGAGCGCCGCACAUGGCUCCCUCCGAGAUGAUCCUCACGGGACUGCGUACUAUCCUGGAUGUCGUCCGGAACAUCAACAAGAAGAGAGUCGCCUCCAAGGCCAUUAAGGCUAACUCCACUGCUUUGGCGUUACCCAAGACAGCAACAUCAAACGGCACGGCGAGCGCGAGAGGCUUCGACGACUACUAUGACGAGCACCACUACCACGAGACGACGACCACGACGGCCAAACCCAUGAAACAGAGUCGGUACACCGACCCCUGGGCUGGAUACUACGACUGGAUCAUAAAUGAGGGAUCUUUCAAAUUCUGGAGCGUUUUCCAGCUCUUCACGGCAGCUCUGCUCCUGUACGCCGCGUUCUCCGCCAUCUACUACGCCAAGUUCAACCCUAUCCUCCCGGACUACAGCAUGGAGUAUGACGACUACUUCCUUGAGAGAACCGUCGGCAGGAAGGCGAGGAGUCUAGACGCUUCCGAGCUGCCCUCAGGGUUGACUUGGAUCAAUUCUAGAACUUUCCAGUUUAUAUUAGACGCUAUUGUUAAACAUUACGAGGAGGAAUAGCUUUAUUUGACAAUGUUAACUAUAGUUAGGUCUAAUCCAAAAAAAUUCAAACACCACGAUUUGUAUGCAAUGCAAUUCAAAUAUAUAGAUUUCAGAAUUACUGUUGCUUCUACUGAAAUUAUUUAGGACAUAUAUUGUUUUAGAUUUGAUGAAAACAAUGCUAUAGCACAGUAUGAUAAAGUAUAGAGAUUUUUUAAUUAAUUUGCAUCCUGGCUGGAAUUAGACCCAACCUAGCAAUACGACGAAGUAUACAGAAUGAGCUUUUUAAAUUGAAAAAAAUAAAUCAAAAUAAUUAUUUUAGAUAAAAAGUACCAUUGUUAUAGGGUAACGAUGACAUCAGUACGAGUAAGUAAUUUUAAUAGUCCUUAUUUUAUAAUCCUUGUUACCCUAUAAUGAACUGAUGUAACCAGAUUCGAUUUUACAAUUUAAGAUCAUAAAAUUCGAAUCAGUUUACCUAUUUAUAUGACGUGUAAAUAUUUAGAUGUUGUUUUCGCAUGUAGUUUUAUUUUAAGAAAUGAACAAUGACAUUUUGGUGCUCAAUUUUAUUGCCUAGAUUGAAGUGUAAACUCUGUGAAAUAAAUGUUUGCGUGAGGCA